AGGACGAGGACAGCGUCGGGACUUUGAAGACUGUACAGGACGCGCGCCGCUUUCAUCCUGGGCCGGCUUUGGCCAGAAGGAUGAGGGCCGGGCCGUCCUUGUUGUGUUCCCGCCCCCGCCCCUGCCUGCUUGCUUCCGGCCUUUUUUCGCUUCCGCGGGGGCGCCGGCUUUUGUUUUGUUGCUUGUUUGGCUGAGUUAGGCCGGGCGGGCUGCUUGGCGGGCCCGGCAGGCCCUUUGGUUGGGCGGGCCGUACGUCGCGCGCAUGCUUGGGCGCUGCUCCAUUGCCCCCAUUGGUUGGCCCGCGCCGCGGAGUUUUUUCUUUUGCUUCGAAACAGUGGCCGGCUGUCUUUUUGACCACCCAGAACCGCGCGGGCCGCUGCUUUUGCCUGUUUGUUUCGCCGCCCCCCGAGCACUAGGUAGCCGAGGCGCCCCUAUUUCUGGUUGAGAGAGUGGGCGGCCCUUUUGCCCCAGCAGCAAGCUGGCGCAAGCAGCCCAUCGGCCGGCGCACGCGGUGUCCGCGAGUGUUUUAGUGGAGACAACCGUCAGCCCAGUUGUUGGCCCAAUGGAUGUUGCUAACCCAGCGCCGUGCCUGCGUGCGAAGCGCGUACAAAACGAGAGGAAUCCUG